AUGGCAAUGACUCGUCAAUUAAAUCAAAAACAAGGUGGUGGUGGUGGUGGUGGUGGUAGUAAUAAUCCCAAUAAUUGGUAUGCUAAUCAAUAUGCUCAACGUGAACAAGAAGCUGAUCGAAGUCUUCGUGAACGACAAUUACAACAAGGUCGUAUUCAAACUGAGAUGUUAGAUAUUGAAGCUAAAGCUGUUAAUAAACGAUUAAUACGUGAACAAACACGUGCAGAUCGUGAUCGAGCUACAGAAGAAGCAAUUAUAAGAGCACAAUGUGAGAAAAAAUUAUCUGCAGAAGCACGAAGUCAAGAAGAACGUUUAGCUAUGGAACUUGAACGUAUCAAACUUGACAAAACUCGUGAUGAAAAAAUGCGACAACAAAUUCGUGAAACGAGUUACGAAUUACGCGAUUUAGAAUCUAAAUUACGUGCUGCUUAUGUUCAAAAAGAACGCACUGCACAAAUGGCUGAAAAACAAGCAUUGAAAUUUGAUUCAUACUUAGAAGAUGCAGAAAUUGCACGACGUAUGCGUAGUGAAACAGAUAAAGCUGAAGCAGAUCGUCGUCAACAAGAAAUUGUUAAACAUCAAGAAAUGAUACGUUAUAAACAAGAUCUUCAACGACAACUUGAAGAACGUGAAAUAGGUAAACAACAAGCCUAUGAAGAAUUUCUUCGAGAAAAAUUGGUUAUUGAUGAAAUUGUUAGAAAGAUUUAUGAAGAAGAUCAACGAGAAAUGGAACGUAAAUUUGAACGUCAACGUGCUACACGUGAUUUCAUAGCUGAAUUUACACGUAAACGUGAAGAAUGGAAGAUAAUGGAACGUGAACGUAUGGAAGAAGAAAAUCGUCGUAUUAAAGAAUAUGCUAAAACACAAGAACAACGACAAGAAGUAGCUAAAGCUGAAAAACGUGCACGAGAAGAAGCCUUAAAUAAAGUUCAAAAUGCAUUAGGUGAACAAAUUAAACGUGAUCGUGAAGAACGUGAAGAACAAGAAUUAGUUCGACAAGAAUUAUAUUUGGAAGAACAAGAACAAGUUAUACGAAGACGUGAACGUGAUGAAAUGGAAGCACGUAUACGACAACGUUUAGAAUUACAACGUGAACGAGAUGAACAAAUGCAAUUUAAACGUAUACGUGAUGUAGAAAUUAAACAAGAAGAAGAAAGAUUUCGACAACAAUUAAUGCAAAAAUUUGCUGAAGAUGAUCGUAUUGAACAGAUGAAUGCUCAAAAACGUCGUAUGAAACAAAUCGAACAUAAACGAGCUGUUGAUGUUUUACUUGAUGAACGUCGACAACAAAUGACAGUUGAUAAACAACGUGAAAUCGAUGAACGUGGUGAAGCUGAACGUAUUGCACAACUUCGUAAACAAAUUAUUGAAGAAGAACGUAUUAAAUUACUUCGUGAACAUGCUCAUCGUUUAUUGGGAUAUUUACCAAAGGGUGUUAUUCGUGAUGAAAAAGAUCUUGAUAAUCUUGGUAGUGAUUUCAAAAAUGAAUUUAAACGACGACAAGUCAAUAUGCAAAAUCCAGAUGGAUGGGACAAUAUGUGA